GUGAUUGAGACCAAGGAGGAAGCCUUUUUCCGAGCCUUGACCUUUCGCCAGAGGUACAUCGCAACGUAUGAGAGCGCAGCCCGGAGCACAGUGCAAACCAUCUUCGAGAUCGCUUCUUUGAAAGCCACCUACGAAGAAACCCACACAGCCUGUCUAUCCAGGUCUGAUUUGGCAGAGCUCUGGAGCAAGAAGACUCAGGACCUGGGCCCGGAGGAUGAUUGCCCAAAAAGUGCUUUCGAGUUUGUGGACAGUGCGAUGAAAAUCCAUGAGCGGAUGCUGUCCAAUGAGAAUGCAUUUGAUGUCAUCUUUUGCUUGGAAGAGCGCUUUGGAAAGUUGAGCUGCUUUCAGCACAUGUCUGUGCUGGAGGCGGUUUGCAUGAAGACCAAGAAGAUUGAUGAGAUGCUGUGGAUCUUGCACUCCAUUGAGGAUAUGCUGAUGCGUGGAGAAGCCGAACUGGAGGAGGUACGAGAUGAAUUUCUGGCCAAGAAAGGCCUUUUGAAGUAUUUGGUGGAGGAAAGCCAGAAUUGGGGCCUUCCUGCUGCUGAGGCCAACUCCGUCAUGGAGACCAUGCGCUCUCACCGUCAGGUCAUCAAGGAGGAGAUUGACAAGAUGCGCAGGGCGCAGAAGCAGGGUGUCGAGGGUGAGGAGAGCCAGGGCGCCCGCGACAAGACUGGAAUCUUCGUUCAUGAGCUCUUGCCCGAUCUUAGCUUGAGCGUGGAUGAGGACGAUGAUGAGACCGCGCAGAAGCUCAUUUCCUAUGCCAAAGAAGCUGAGCAGCUCGUUGACCAAUUUGUCAGGUUGGUCGUAGAGCAGGACUCAAUGCAGGGCAUUGGGCCAGAUCUUGGAAUCGCAGAGGUGGGCCCCAGCCUCGCUCAGAGGAUGCUGUUUGUGUCUUGGAUGGAGGGCGACAGCUGUCUUCUUUGGUGCUCGGUCCUUCCCUACGAUCAGGAGCAAGGGUGCUGGAUUGUGUCAAAGGAGGAGAAGGACAAGAUCUAUGGCACCGCAGGGAAGGUAUUGGCGGGAGGUGCCUUGCCAGAUUGCCCGGACCGACCAGAUCUUGGCGCUGAUCGAUUCCCGGUCAACUACCACACGAUGCCACAAGGCUUUUUUGCAGAACUCUUCCACAGCCUCGCAGCUUCUCUGAUGGUCAAUGGAACGGAGAUUGACGGCAAGGGAGCAGAAGCUGCCAUUCUGGCAAAGAAGUCCUACAUUGGCAUUUGCUUCACUGACUUUCAUGCCAUCGAACUUCGAAAGCUUCUGGUUCGAUUUGUGUGGGAGCAUUUCCAGGAUCAAAGCUCUGCGUACUACAAGGUGGAAUUGCAGACCCUCUUGAAGAAGGCCACCGGCGGUGCUCCGCCACGUCCUGCCCCUCCUGCGCCAACUUCAAAGGGGAGAGGAAGCGGCAAAGGAGGCAAAGGUGGCGGCAAAGGUGGCAAGGGCGGCAAGGGCGGCCCCAAGCCCAAGCCGCAGCCGAAGCGCCCAAGCGAGGAAGAGGCAGAGCAGGAGAACAAGAAACCCAAGAAGGAGGAGAUCCUGGAAAAGCUCAAGGCCCUGCAAGGCGGAUCCGGAGGCGCUCUCAUGGAGGAUGAUGACGACGAGCCACUCGACGAGGAC